CGUCAGAGGAAAAGAAAAAUCACGUGAGUGCUGUUGUCACGUGACAUUCAGUGGAUCCGGAAUCAUCAUGGCUGCAUCACCACAACCUGUCUUCUGGCUGGGUAAUGAGACCCUGAGGGUGUCUGCUGCUCUUUUUGCUGAGAACCGACAAAGACUGUGCAAAGGGCUGAAAGCCAAAGACGGAGAGCAGGCGAAGUCAGUGGUGGUGCUGCAGGGAGGGGAGCAGAAGCAGAGAUACUGCACUGACACAGACCUGCUUUUCAGGCAGGAGUCUUUCUUCCACUGGGCUUUUGGAGUAACGGAGCCUGACUGUUAUGGAGCCAUUGAUGUGGACUCUGGGAAAUCCAUCCUUUUUGUUCCCAAACUGCCUGAAAGCUAUGCCACUUGGAUGGGAGAGAUCUUUACUAAAGAGCAGUUCAAGGAGAAGUACGCUGUUGAUGAGGUGCAAUACACCUGUGACAUUGUUGAUGUCCUGUCCAACCUCAAACCAGCAGUGCUCCUAACACUGCGAGGACAGAAUACAGAUAGUGGGAGUAUCUGCCGUGAAGCCUCCUUUGAAGGAAUUAGCCGGUUCCAAGUAAACAACACUCGCUUACACCCAGUCAUUGUGGAAUGCCGUCUCAUCAAGACCGAUAUGGAGCUGGAGGUUCUGCGCUACACCAACAGGAUUUCCAGUGAAGCCCACAAAAUGAUCAUGCAGUGUGUGAAACCUGGGCAGAAAGAAUAUGAAAUGGAGAGCCUGUUUCAGCACUACUGCUACACUAAAGGAGGGAUGCGCCACACUUCGUACACCUGUAUCUGUGGAACGGGCCAUAAUUCAUCUGUCCUCCACUAUGGUCAUGCUGGAGCUCCCAAUGAUAAGACAAUCAGUGAUGGAGACAUGUGUUUGUUUGACCUGGGUGGAGAGUACUACUGUUACUCAUCAGACAUCACCUGCUCCUUCCCAGCCAAUGGCAAGUUCACGCCUGACCAGAAGGCCAUCUAUGAGGCUGUCCUCAAGUCCUCUCGAACUGUCAUGGCUGCCAUCAAACCAGGUGUGAAGUGGACUGACAUGCACCGUCUGGCUGACCGCAUUCACCUGGAGGAGCUGGUGAAGAUUGGUAUCCUGAAUGGCAGCGUGGACGACAUGAUGAAGGUUCACCUGGGCUCCGUCUUCAUGCCCCAUGGACUGGGACACCUGCUGGGCAUCGAUGUGCACGAUGUUGGAGGCUAUCCUGAGGGGGUGGAGCGCAUCCUUGAGCCUGGACUGAAGAGUCUUCGGAUGGGCCGCCUGGUGCAGGAGAGGAUGGUCCUCACCGUUGAACCGGGUAUUUACUUCAUCAACCACCUGCUGGACCAGGCCUUGGCUGAACCAACCCAGAGCUGCUUCAUUACAAACCAAGUGCUGGCUCGCUUCCGCGGCUUUGGAGGGGUUCGCAUUGAAGAUGACAUAGCAGUGACGGCAAAUGGCAUAGAGCUGCUGACCUGUGUCCCUCGUACCGUGGAGGAGAUAGAGGCCUUCAUGGCCGACUCUGCAAAACCAUUCUACCCCAUGGUCAGCAACAAGAAAGUCUAAAAGAUCUCUCUAACCUGUACGUUGAUUACUGCACUUAAAUGGAAAAGAAUAUUCUUCUCUAAAACGGAAGUUAUAAUUCUCAAUCCUCACCUGUUUAAUCUUGAUUAUUAAAUGUGUUAUAUUCAAGUAUUUAAAUGUGAGACUAAAAAUGAUCAACAAAAUGUAAAGUAAUAACAGUUUUGACCUUAAGUAUAAGAGGUUUUGCAGAGAUGUGCUUAAGUAAAUAUGCUCUUCACUUGUUCCUGGCCCAUUAUGUCCCAAAAUGUGUGGUUUUACAGUCUCACUAUCGAAAAGGCUGGGGCGACCUUGUUAGCAUGCUAACCUCAGUAGCAAACAAUACAAUCAAAAGCAAAAGACUUGGAUAUAGCCCCUUAAAAAUAACAUUUACAGAUGAUCAUGAAGGGGAAAAAAACACCAGGAUUAAUACAGUAUUUUUGUAAAUAUUUUAUAAUUGACUAAUGAUCGAAGAAGAGAUUUAAUUAUGCCUUAACAUGAUUUGCUAUCAGGAUACUUUUUACAUCAUCAUUAACUUCACAUUAUAACGUUUCUUUUUUCGCCCAUGCUUUAUUAUUGAUGAUUUUCAGACUGACCUGUAUUGCAUUGGCUUGAAUUGCUGCUCUUUGGUGAGGUGUCUCAUGUCUGAUGGUGAUGAUGAUGAUGAUGAUGAUGAUGUUGUUGUUACUUACAUGUGAUUUGAGCCAAAGCAGAUCUGUCUCAUUUUUUAAAAAUAAUUCUAUGAUUCACAUAAAAAUCCUGUUGAAUUAAAUGUUUUGAAGCAAA